AUAGAAUUUCGCCCGAAGUAUAUAGCGACGGAGCUCCGGAGAUCCGCUCUGCACGCAUUUCGAGUGCCGGUUGGAAGGCACGGCUCGAACCCAGCCAGUUCAUCGAAUUCAGUGUGUCUCGCACCGUCGGUCUAAGCGGUUCUACAUUAUAAACGAGAAAAGCACAUCGUACUCCGUGCCAACAAUACUUAGAGAAGCAAACAAAACACGCUUCACAGACAAUUCCUGGCGACAGAUUCAUCUUCCAAACAGACAACAUUUUCGACAGUUUUUCCGCUAAAACUCGUAUUCUGCAUUCGCGAUUCACCUCACAGAUUUAUCAUUGUGUCUGAAGGCAAUCGUGGACCAAAAGUGUAAAAUACAUAUUUUUCCGAAUAGGAAAAAUUAAUUAAAUUUUCUCGUAAAUGGUGAAAACGCGGUGUGUUUGUGUCGAGAAUUGCUAAAUGGGUGGGGACUACAGAGUAACAAAAAUAUACAAUUGAGAGAUUGUGCAAUUGCGUGGAAAGCACUACAAGAACACCAUUUUGGGGAUUUUUUCCCUCCCAAAAGUGUCGCGCGAAACUACCCAUUUGUGGUCAUACCCUUCCCACAAAAAAAAACAUUUUUUUGUGUUUUUCGUUAGAUUUGCAAAAUAUGAAUUUUGUGAUAUUCCCCGCUCUUACACGACUACUCUAAAAAGAUUUUUUUGAAUGUCACGACAGUGCCGCAAAUAAAGAACAAAUUUAGGGUAGAGACCCUCUGUCAUCUAGAAUAAAAAUACCAAGUGAUGUGUAUAAGUUUUUAUUUACCAUAAAUAUUUUGCAUACUAUGAAGUAAUAAACAAAAAUCUCACUGGUGAAAAUAAGACGUGUGUAUCAGUGUUAGAGGUCAUGUAUGCCUACUCACAAACUUCAUUCUCAAUUCGGGUGCAAGGGUGGAAUUAAAGCUACAACCCAUUCAUCUCAGAGCAAACUCAAUGAAACAUCCCCAAAAGUGUUUGUAGUAGUGUGACUGUUGAGCAAAUAUUGUGGAUAUUAACAGAGAUUCCUCGGGACUUCAAAGAAAUUGUCGCUCCUCUGAGUCUUCUUGCCGACGUGAAAUUGCCAAUUUUUCACGUAUGCAUCAAGCUUCUGAACGAAUAAAUUUCAUCAGUAAAUGAUUCAUCUGUGACAGUGGCGGCCAAACUUAUCCGCGCCCCCAUUAAAUUGAGUUUUAAUGUGGGAAAUGUUGGAUUCUGAUUUAGAGUGUGGCUCAGAAUGUGGAGGACCUGGACCACCUCCAGAGUUUGUGAUUCCGCCACCACCUCGACCGCCUUUCCUACAUGACGUUACCUCCUGCACAGAAGAACCCCUACCCAACAUUGAGAUGUGCGAAGCCAUUCCGAUUUUGGACCCAAGUUACCAUAGCAGCCCAUCGCUACAGACAUCAGCCCUCAUAGUCCUGUGUUCCGUGGUGCUGGUGUUAGUUGUUUUGAUAUCAUCGUUGCUCGUGUGGAAACACAAACGGAAAGUUCAAAACUUCUUGCCGUGCAAGACACCGACACGAGGAGGACAUUUGGACACCACGGCUGUAUCCAGCGGGCAUUCAGUCACAUACGAAGAUCCUGAUGCACAUCUCGGCAGUCGCCCCCUAGUCAUGAGGCAUCAACAUAAUAUGGAGAUGCUCCACCCAAAAUCGAUACACUUUCCAAGUGGUUACCCCAUGACGCGCUCUCCGCCUCUGUUUGUCUGCUCAUCUCCCGGACCAGACCCCUAUCGCUCUCAUGAUAAUGUUUACGAAGAACUGGGUCCACCAAGGGAAUCAGACGGAGAGUCUGAGCCUCCUGUUCAUUCAGACGAUGACUUUGCCGAGGAUGAACUCAGUCUGCCCGGUGAAAGAUCCUUUCACAAAACGUCGCCUGAUACCUCAACCGUGGCCACGAUUUAUCAAGAUCGAAGUGCUCCUAGUGGGUCAACUGCACCUUCGAGUAGCGGAAGUGCAAGCGCCAGUGGAAAUGGUGAGAGAAACACGAACGAAAAAAAUAGUCUUAUCUCACCGCCAGCACCAAAUGCAACUAGCAGAGUUGCAGGAAGUCGUAGUAUGAUGGCUAGUCCGGGUAGUCUCUUUAGGGGACGCAAAGUGCAUAGCACUCGCAAUGGAAAAGUGCCGAACUUUAGUGCCGAUGAGUUAAAUACAUCCUCGGAGCAAGACUACACUUCCGAGAUGGUGCUACCCACAAUCUACGGGCAGAGAGGUCACUUGAUGACCUUGCCCUAUAAUACAACAGCCGGUACAAGUAAUCCAACGCAAACUAAUCGUAGUACGAGGAGCAAUACAAUGAAUUGCUUUACAGCAUCAUCGACAAUAAGUACAGAGGGUGAUGAGGAUGAAGUGGAACGACGGAAUCAAAUUAAUCGAGAACUGUCAACCCAUCCUGUGGCAACGAUAUUUCGGGAACGUGGAGUGCCGUCAUACCCUAGAAACUUUCUAACUCACCACCAUCCACCCCCUCGGGCUCGCUCAAAUCCUCGAUCCCUCGAUCGACGGCGCAUCAUUGCCCCUGCACCCAGUGGCCAUGUUAUUCCCGAUCCUAGCUACAGCUACGCUGAACCCGUCUUCCAUGAUGGCCUACUCUAUGAUCCAUACUUAGCGCAUGAUCGCAAUCAUCCCUACCCCUAUAUCUUGCCUGAAUUCACAACUUUCCGAAACGGACCUAGUGGAGCACCCUGUCAGCAACCCGUGGAAGUCGGAGCUACGGGGGUCGCACAUAAUCUCUUUGGUCGAGACUCAAGUUUUGGCAGCGACUCUGGAUACAGUCAGCACACACAGACGUCAACAAGAAGUGGUUGGGGUCGCAAUGGCCGCAAAGACAGUGCACCAAAGAAUACUCCGUUUAGUGCAUCUUGAGGCCCGUUGUGGCGCUUGGGCGGAACGUAAAAUGUAAAUAUAGAAUUUCAAGAGGGAUGUGAUGUAUCGUAAAAUGGAUAGGGACUCUAAGGCUAAGGAAGUCAUAUCUGGGAUCAGUCAUGAAAAGUUCUCUUGAGUCAAAAGAAUACCAGGUAUUUAAUUCUAUGUUGUCAUUUUUUUAUUUAAAUUUCAUUAAAUAAAUUUAAAAAUUCAAUAUAAGUUUUCUAUAUCCUGAUUCACAAGACAAACUUUUUUUAUAUAUCAAUUACCUACCUAAUAGAAUAAUAAUACAACAAAAAUUUCACAAAAAAUUUAAUUGAAGUUUUCAUUACUGAUCUAAGGGAUAUUUAAGAGAUAGUUGAUGAUGCAAUGUGAUUUUGUUCAAUACUGUGUUGCUAAAAUGAUAUAAAAUUGAUUAGGUAUGAAGUUUUUUUUAACAACACUAGAUUAAUUAUCUUGUAAACACACAAAGACUCAAGACUGUCUUUUUUUAUUGCGUAAUAAAAAUCAUUAAGUAGAAUUGUAUGUAAA